GUCACUGCCGUACUUGACUAGAUUUCGGUAAAAAAUUUAGAAAAGCGCCAUCUGCAAUCCUCUUCCUAAAGUAUUUAAUAUCUUCAAGUGAUAAUAGAUGGCUCUUUAAUCAAAAAUUAACUUCCAUAAAAUAUCACUAAAAUUAUUGAAAUCUAAAAAUUAUUUUAUAUAUUAGUAUUACGUAGGAAAUCUAUCAAUUAUUUUUAUUAAAUCUGUACACUAUUUUAUAUACAUAAAUUAUUUUUCUAUAAUUAUUUUUUUGGUUGGCAAUAAACCGUGCCAACUGCCAAUGCUGAAGUUAGAAUUUGAAUUUUAAUGGCGAGUACAGUACAUACAAUUUGUGUGUUAAGUUUUCGUCCAUUUAAGUGUUUUCUGCUGUUGACUUGCGUUGAUUUGAGUUUUACUCAUCCGCUGUGUUUUCGGUGAAUUAGUGAGUGAGUUGAGCUGUGCUCCUCUGUUUCAUUGUUUCACAUAACUUGCGAAAAGACGCCAUUAGUGUUUAGUAUUAUUUGCGAUAAAGACGCCUUUUUUGUGAUAUUUGUGAAAUAGACACUGUUAUUGUGUUAUUAGCGAUUAGAGACGCUUGUUUGAGUGCAUAUAAUCAUGCCGAGGCGGUGCGAAUUGGGAUGUUCACACAACCCGGGUGUGACACAACAUCAAUUUCCACACCCAGAAAAGAAUCCUGAGUUAUUCAAAGCCUGGGUUAAUAUAGUUGGUGGAAAACUGGAGACUGCAGAUGAUAUCAAAUUUUACAGAAAGCGAGUCAUCUGUGACAUACAUUUUGCAGACAAGUUUAAGAAUCGCAACAACCGUUUAAAUAACAUAGCUGUUCCUACUCUCCAUCUUCAGGGUGCUCCAUCACAAGAUGCUCAUAUGCCUCCUGCAACUCCACAUAUACCAACUGAACUUCCUAUGCCUGAACAUAAUAUAUGGAAUCUGCCUUCUACAUCAAAGCAAAUAGUCACUGGUGCUCCAUCACAAGAUGCUCAUAUGCCUCCUGCAACUCCACAUAUACCAACUGAACUUCCUAUGCCUGAACAUAAUAUAUGGGAUCUGCCUUCUACAUCAAAGCAAAUAAUCACUGCUGCACCUCCCAAUGCGUGUGUUAUAGCAGCAGAACAUAAUUAUUGCAGUAAACAUGGUAUACAACAAAGACGGAAACUUAAAGGAGACAAAAAAAAACUGAAAUCAACUUCAUCGCUGGAGAAUGAAUUAAAGAUUUCAAGAUUUCAAAUGAAGAAUUUAAAAACCGAAAUUAUUCGGUUACGUAAACGGAGUAGUAGUUUGAAAGAAAGAUUAGCCAGCGUUGAUAAAAUUAGCAAUACAAAUUGUUUAAAAAAAAAUAACGAGAAAUAUGACAACUGCAGCAAAAAUAUUCACAAACAUGCAGUACACCCAAACUCACAAGAGAGCUCGUGGGCGGAGGUUUACUUUAAAGGAAAAAGUUUUGUCUCUCUCCAUGUACAAAAAGAGUCCCAAGAGUUAUACUCUUUUAUAUAAAUACUUUACAUUGCCCUCUAUAAAAUCAUUAAAAAGGCUUCUUGCGAAAAUUGAAAUAGAGUCGGGGCUAAAUAAGUUUUUAUUCAUAAAAAUGAGAAAGACUGUGAAGGAAUUAAGUCCAGAAGAUCGCCUCUGCUGUCUUAUUUUUGACGAGAUGUCAAUAUCGCCGCAGAUCCAUUACGACGGAUCUAAGGAUAAAUUAAAGGGAUUCGCUUGGCGUAGUAAAAAAAUUGCUGACCAUGUUUUAGUUUACAUGGUCAAAGGAUUAAAGAAAAAAUUUAAACAGCCUGUUGCAUACUUUUUUACAAAUUCUGUUAACAAAGCAGAAUUAAAAGCCUUGACUAUAAAAGUCAUUAAAUAUGUUCAGGGUACAGGGCUUAAUAUUUUGUGCACAGUGUGCGACCAAAGCACAGUAAAUGUCAGUGUAGUGAAUGAAAUUAUUGAAGAUAGUAGAAUAAAAUUCAUAAAAGAAAAUAAGGAAUGGAGACAUGAUGUAAUGGAAGUAGGGAAAUCUAAAAUUAUCCCAUUAUUUGAUGUCCCUCAUUUAUUGAAAGGGGUAAGAAACAAUUUACUUACGAAGGACUUAAAAUAUUUCGACUUCGAAGAAAAGGUUGAAAAGACGAUAAAAUGGGAAUAUUACCAGAAAAUUUAUGAAGCGGACAAAUUACAUGGUGAAUUAAAAAUAUGUCAGAAACUAACUGAUGAACAUAUUUAUGUGGAGAAAAUAAAAAAAAUGAAGGUCAAACACGCAACCCAAAUUUUUAGCCGCAGUGUUGCUACAGCUGCAGAACAUUUAUCUGCUAGGGGCGAUUUAUCUAAUGAGUGCCGCCAAGUAAUUACAUUUACCAAAAUGAUGGACAAUUUAUUUGAUUCCUUAAAUUCAAGCUCAUUUAAUAUGAUACAUGGAAAAAUGUAUAAAUGUGGUGUUAGAAACAAUUCUCCUCAUCAUGAAUUAUGGGAAAAUGCCAAAAAGGUAUUAAAAUCAAUAAAAUUUAUUAAAGUUAAAAAAGAAAAGGAAAAUAAAAUAAGAUUAAUUGAAACGAGUUCGGUACCUUCAAUAAAAAAUUUUAUACGUACUAUUGAGGGCAUGCAACAGUUGUGGAAAAUAUUAUCCCAAAAAUAUUUAUUUGAUACAAUGAUGACCAGAAACUUUAACCAGGACCCACUGGAAAAUUUUUUUGGGAACAUUAGAAGUUUUGGGGUGAGGAAUACGGCACCCAACACAAUUAGCUUUGAAGGUGCCUAUAAAUCACUUCUUUUAAAUAAUUAUAACUCACCCCAUUCACUUAACGCUAACUGUGAAAAUGAUGACAAUGAUUGUCUUCAGACAUUGAGUUUCUUUUUGGAAGACAAACUUUUAGAAAACACUUCUAAUGUUCCCAGUAAUGAGGUUCUACCAUUUCAGCAAGAAGAAAAUGACGAAAUUGAGGUGCCUUUUAUAAAUUUAAAUUCUGAGCCUGCUGAUGCUGGUCAGGCCAAUUAUGUAUGUGGGUGGGUGCUGGCUAAAUGUUUUAAAAAAGUUGCUAAAUCAUGCAGGCACUGCAAAACUGAACUAACUGGCGACAGUCAAUUAAAAUCAAAUAGUUAUAUAAGGGCAAAAGAAUAUACAAAAGGAAAACAUUGUCUGUUGUAUCCCAAUAUAGUGGCGGAAAAAGUUUUUAAAGACAUACAAAAUAUUGUAGUAGAAAUUUUGAAAAAGAAUGUGCCAAAAACUAAAUUAAAAGAAAAGAUAAAAAUGUUUUUAGACAUAUUUGUGGAUUAUCCUUUCACCUGCGAUAUCCACAAGAUAGAAUUAAGAAAUGUUUUUGAAAACAUUACAAUAAAUAUUUUGGUAUAUAGUUGGUGCCGCUCAAUUAAUCGAAUUUUAUCAGGUAAAAUCCAAUAUCGUGAUGAGGAUGAUGAAACUAAACUUUCAGCACAAAUUUAUUACAAUAAACAUAAACAUAAGUAAA